AUUUUUUUUUGUGGUAUUGCGCGUUGAACGUUCGCGAGCGAUUUGUCGCCGGUGGCGCGGGGGCGGCGAGCGAGUCGGACGGACGCGUCAGCGCGAACACGCUGGGCGCGUAGCGAGUGCCUCGGGGUGGGUACGUACAGAAAUGUGUUACUGCACGACGUGGCCGCACAAUGGUAUGCACUAUGAAAAGUAAAAAAAAAAAAAAACUGUGUCCAUUUGUUCGGCGCCGCCGCUUGUCACACCCCUUUCCCGUUAUUCUGCUUCUAAAUGCUGAGGAGGAAGUCGAAGAAGAAGGAGAGCGAGAAGAGCAUCUCGGAGGGCGAAGAGGCCCUCCUGACGUUGGAUAAGUCGCAGUUUUCUUUUUACCGAUGUCACAACGUCCCCUCCGUGGAUAGGCUGGAGGGGAGGUACAAGAUAAAGAUCGGGAGCUGGACGGAUCGCUACUUGAUCCUGUAUUGCGAAUAUGUCCUCUAUUACGAAGUGGUGAAGGGCAGUCCCGUGCCGCACGACGGGGACCUUCCCGUGGGCGCGAUCGACUUAGACAAGGUUGAACUGAAGAGCAUCAACUUUUGCGAGGAGAAGGUGUCGCUGGGGGGCCUGAUUCCGAAGUCGAGCUCGUACGAGAACUGCAUCGAGCUCAAGAUGGACACCGGCAAGAAGGUGUACGAUAUUUUGAUACAAUUCGACUCGGAGGAGAACACGCGCACCUGGCUGAGCGUGUUGAGAGCUCGGUGCAAGAACAUCCAGACGAUCAAGCCCAAGUUCGACAUUGUCGAGGUUCGGGCCACGAUCGACAUGCUUAUCAACAAGUAUCCCAUCACCAACCACAUCAAGUCGGCCCCAGCGAGUGGACAAGAGGAGGCCUGGCUUCAAAACGCGAUAGGGUACUGGAAGGCCAGGAACAAGUAUCGCAAGGAUCUGAGGCGCUCGAAGCUCUUCUCCACGGUCUAUUCGACCAGCGUCUGCAGGUACAUCGACUGGUUCGUCAUGUCGGGCGGGGAGGCGGGCGCGGAGUCGCUGGAGAAAGAGCUGAUGAUGGCGGAGGACUUGGUGGUCAACGGCUGGAAGAAGAACGCCAGCGAGGGCCUGAACACCUACGAGGAGAAAAUCGCGUCCAUCAACCCCGAGGAUGCCGACACGUGCUACCAAGCUCUGCUGGAGGUGGUCCAGAAGGUAAGGUGCGCGGAAAUGUACAUCAAGUACUACUCCGAAGUCUAUCCCUCGACGGAUCUAACCGAGGUGGAGAGCAUCAAGUCCCAGUGGUCCUACUUCAUCCGCCUCCUGCAGGGCUACUUGGACAAGAUCAUGGCCAAGCGGCGCGAGGAGUCCGAGGGCGCGCUCAGAAGGCUCGAAGCCGAGAAGCAGUCCGAGAACCUGUUCUGGGACCAGCCCGACGCCGAAGACGACCCGUUCUCAGACAUCAACAUUGUCAAGCUCUGAACGCUCGUUCAAUUCGAGUGGCUCCGCUCGACGCGCGCGCCGAUGGCCGCACGUCGUGAAGCGUGUAAAAUUCAGUAAACACACCCUCUCUUCGAUGCACACCCGGUAGCGCACACUCAACGGCACACGUUCAGUGAUGCACUCUCAAUGACCUCCAUGUUCAAUGACGGUGACGCUCAACGAGGCGGCCGAGAUGCGUGUAUUUUAAUAGAACGCGUUCGACGGCGACAAAAAA